AUGUCUUCUUCAAGUAAUAAUGAUUACCAAGAGAUUGACAUUACAUACUUGAGCGGCUUACCUCUAAGGCUUUUUACACCCUUGCUUGAAUAUGUUCCUGGGUUAUCAAAUUAUUUUUUCUCGAGUAAGAAAUUAGAUUUGCUGAGAAAGAAAUCAUAUACAGAAGAUAUGACCAUGAUGCCAUUGCCUUUACCAAAAGAAAUAUUUGGCAUUGAAUACACUAUGCCAAUCGAGGGAUUAGAAAUUAUUGAUCAGAAAAAUCAAGAGAAUAAUCCAGCUCCAGCAAACCACGGAUUUUUAUGCGCGCGUGAUUAUGUAUGCGAGAAAUUAAUUGAUAAAAUGAUUCAAUCUUGUUCUAAGACGUGUAACCCACCUCUUUAUGGUAUAUGUCAAUACAAUAAAGAAGAUAUUAUGGCACAAGCCGAAGCAUCGACCUCCCGAUAUAAUCAAAACCAAACGUUGGGACCACUUGAUGGUGUUCCUGUGGCGAUUAAAGAUGAGAUUGAUGUUAUAGGUUAUGAAACACGUGUAGGAACAACAUUUCUUAAUCGUGGAAACCCUGCUUCAAAAGAUGCGUUUCUAGCAAAAAGAUUGAGGGAACAAGGUGCUAUCAUUAUUGGAAAAACAAACAUGCAUGAAAUUGCAUUUGGCAUUACAAAUAAUAAUCCGAACACAUAUACACCUCGUAACCCUUACAAUACCAAUUAUUAUUGUGGAGGGUCGAGUGGAGGUAGUGGAUGUGUUGUUUCCAGUGGGUUAUGCCCAAUUGCUGUAGGUUGCGAUACCGGUGGUUCUAUUAGAGUACCAUCUUCUUUUUGUGGAAUUUAUGGAUUGAAACCAACAUUUGGGAGGAUUUCUGUAACAGGAGAUU